AUGCAAAGGAUCACGGGUGAACGCAAGUUACAAUUGCUUGCACAGCAACGAAAAAGAAAGAUGGAGAAGAAGCUCGAAGAAAAUCUUCAGCGAAGAAUUGAAGAAAUAGAAAGAGUGAAAGAACGCGCACAGAAUCGAGAAGCUGCAUUUGAACAUAUGAAGGAUAACCUGGAAUCGAUGGAGGAGGAGAGUAGACAAUUAUAUCACCGGUGCGAGAUGGCGAAGAUUGAAAUGAACGAGGUCCGGGAAGAGAUCAUUGAAGACAAAGCAGAAAAAAGCGAAAAGAAGAGGAAAUAA